AUGGCGCAGCCAUAUCCUGCCCAUCAAGGCAUCCCACAGCAUCCUGGGUUGCCUCCCGGUCAUCCAAUGGCCCCCGGACAACACCCAAAUGCCCACCCCGGUGCCGGCAUGGUCCAGCCCGUCCAUCCCGGCGCACUUGUUCCAGCAACCGCAUUUCGCCCAGAACUUGUUUCCACCGAAUUAGUCGCCAAUAAUCCGCAACUGCUACAACACCACCAACAGCAACAGCUCCUGCGGCAACGGAUGCUAUUCCAGCAGCAGCAACAUCAGCAGCAACAGCAACAACAGCAGCAGCAACAACAUGGAGGACUUCCGGUAUCACUCCCCAAUGGCACGCAGGGCCUCACGAGCGCGCAGAUCGCCGCGAUGCAAGGGAACCCAGGCAUGCGACCGAUGAAUCUGCAGAUGCAUCUUCAGCAGAUGCCUCAUGGGCAGCCGCAGAACAUCCAACAGCAGCAGCAGCAUUUCAUCGCCAUGCAACAAGCUCAACAGGCGCAGGCGCAUCAAGCACAGCAAGUGCAACAGGCGGGGAAUGCAGGACAACCGGGCCAACAAACACCGCAACAACGGCCCGCGCCGCAACCACAAAACGUCCACGAUGCUCAGAGUGUUACACCCCAACCUCAGCCGGGACCACAACCGCACCAGGGCAGUGCGACGCCGCAACCGAACCCACCACAACCACCUUCGUCUCAACCUCCACAGCAGCAACAGCAACAGCCCGUCUCCCAACCACAACCGACGCCGAACCCACCCCCACAAGCGCUUCCGCAAUCUCAACAGCAGGUCCCGCAGCAACAAACCCCGCAACAACCGCAGUCACAGCCUCCUCCUCAGCAGGGCCAGCAGGGCCAACCUCAAGGCCCACAGCAGCAGCAGAUGACUGCGCAAGAGGCCCAAUUGAAGGCGCAACAACAGCAGCAACAAAAUAAUGCGGCGAUGUUGAUGCAACAGCGGAUGAACAUGAAGGGCGCAUCAAUCUUGUGCCUCAACACUUUUGCAGAGAACCUCAGCGCUUUUAGCAAUCGUCGGACUGAUGAUCAGAACAACCACCGAGUCAAUGAGGCGUCUGAUCUGCAGUACUGGCAGAAUUUCGUGGACCGGUUUUAUUCGCCCUCCGGAGUAUUGCGACAAGGAGUGUACAACCCGUCGGCAGGUUCUAAGCAAUUCGAAAUAGCCACUCCCGCGCUGGCUCGGUGGUACUUGACACAGUUCAAUAGCGGAAUCAGUCGUAUCCAGAUGUUUCUGGAGGGCGCUCGGGAGCGUGACUCGCACAACGGCGGCCACAUCGUCGAGGUCACGAGAUGCACGUUCAUCUAUUACUUCACCAACGAAACCCAGCUGGUGAGUCACGGGGCGCUGAGAGCGCAUUUUGAUAUGCACAACAAGAUAGAGAUGCUCGAUAUUGUCAUUAUGAACCAUACCGAAUACUUGCCGCGGAGCAAAGUAUUGGAGGCUGCCGAUCAGAAGCAGAGCCCCAAGGUGUCAAAGAAUACCGGCAAACGAGCUCAGCAGAAGCAGGCACCACAACCCUCGCUCACGUUACCAGAGUCUAUGGUCACGGCCAAUGGAGUCCCCACUGCCGUGAUGAGCUUUUUAGAGGUGGCCGAGACGAUCUCGCAAAUGCAAAUGCUGUUCCAAUUCUCCCAGCAGAACCCGCAACUUGCGCCUCCCGACGCAUUGCGGAACCUCGUCAACACGCUGCAAACGCAGAAUCCCAACCCCGGAUUCAUGCCAGCGCCCAUGAACCCUGCCAUGCAGCAGGGUCAGAACCCUCGAGGCCCCAACAUGAAUGGGCCUAACCAGUUCGCUUCCCCAGCGAUGGGUCAUCUUGGAUUACCGGUUGGCCAUGGCUCGCCUCAUCCCGGCACCGGAUCCGCCCAACCCAGUCCUGCCCAGAGCCAGAUUGUUGCCCCUCCGGGAAUGAUGCCCCCUGGUCAAGUCCAACCGAAUGUUGGCCAAGGCCACAGCGCCAGCGCGAGCCCUAACGUCAGCAACAAACGUCGACGGGCCAGCACGGUCAAAACGGAGAUGGACGAAGGGGGUGGACCAGAGGUGAACGGGGCUGUGGGUCAAGGACCCAAGACGGUGAAACAAAGUCCUCGCGUUGGCAAGAAGCAGAAGCCCAGUGCUUAA